AUGUUUUAUUCACUAAGAACGUUGAUUAUAAGUAUUGUUAUUGGUAUAAUAACUUUAUUUACAAUUUAUACCCAAAUAUCUAAUUCAAAAUCAGGAUAUGCUCCUAAUUUAUCAACAUUUGAUACUUCUCAAGUCCAAUUUUAUGAUUUGGCCAAUUAUAAAGGUUCAGCUAAUGGUUGGCAAUAUGAUGAACGAGUUUUAUUUUGUGUUCCAUUACGUGAUGCUGCUCCUCAUUUACCAAUGUUUUUCUCUCAUAUGAAAAAUUUGACUUAUCCACAUAAUUUAAUUGAUUUAGCAUUUUUAGUUUCUGAUUCUAAAGAUGAUACUAUGGGAGAAUUAAAACGUCAUUUAAGUGAAAUUCAAAAAGAUCCUAAAUUGGCAUUUGGAGAAAUUGAAAUUUUUGAAAAAGAUUUUGGUCAAGUUAUUGGUCAAGGUUUUUCCGAUCGUCAUGGUUUUGCUGCUCAAGGUCCAAGAAGAAAAUUAAUGGCUAGAGCAAGAAAUUGGCUUUGGACAGUCGCCGUUAAACCAUAUCAUUCAUUUGUUUAUUGGAGAGAUGCUGAUGUUGAAACGGUACCACCAACAAUUUUGGAAGAUUUAAUGCAUCAUGAUAAAGAUGUUAUUGUCCCCAAUGUUUGGCGUCCUCUUCCUGAUUGGUUAGGUAAUCAACAACCAUAUGAUUUGAAUUCUUGGCAAGAAAGUGAAGGAGGUUUACAAUUGGCCGAUACUUUAGAUGAAGAUGCUUGUAUUGUUGAAGGUUAUGUUGAAUAUCAAACUUGGAGACCUCAUUUAGCUUAUCUUCGAGACCCUUAUGGUGAUCCUGAAGUAGAAAUGGAUUUAGAUGGUAUUGGUGGAGUCUCUAUUUUGACUAAAGCAAAUGUAUUCCGUCAAGGAUCUCAUUUCCCAGCAUUUUCAUUUGAAAAACAUGCAGAAACUGAAGCAUUUGGGAAAUUAAGUAAACGAAUGGGAUUUUCUGUUGUUGGGUUACCUCAUUAUGUGAUUUGGCAUAUUUAUGAACCUUCAUCUGAUGAUUUAAAACAUAUGGAAUGGAUGGCAUCUGAAGAAGUUCGUCAACAAGAAGAAGCUAAAAUUAAAAAAGUUUACGAUAAAGUAUGGAAUAAAGCUUUUGAAGAUGUUCAAAAUAAUUGGGAUAAAGAAAGAAGUAAAUUUUUGAAAAAUACCGAUAUGAGUAAUGUAAGGAAAAUUAAAGUUGAUUGGUCAGGAGUUGAUGAUUUUGAUAUUGAUAAAAAUUCUCAUGAUGAUAAAAAAUUAGCCGAUUUCAAUCCAUAA